AUGGCCUUUGAUUCUUUGUAUCUUUAUCAUCGUACUCUUCAAGAGCCAUCAUUCUCCGUCACUUCGGCGUUGGGCCAAUUUCAAGGUAAGAAAUCUCAAGAAAUUGCCAUUGCUAAAGCCGCAUCUAUUGAAUUAUGGAAAGUUAAUAGUAGCACCGGAAAAUUAUCGAGAAUAGUCUCACAAGACGCUUUCGGUUCUAUAAGAGCGUUGAAUGCCUUUAGAUUGGCCGGGCUGUCUAAAGACUACUUGGCAAUAACGUCGGAUUCUGGAAAAUUUACCGUCUUAGAAUACAAUAUCAAUACCAAAAAAUUUCAAAUAGUUUUCAACGAGCCAUUCUUCAAAACUGGAUUACGAAGAUUAGCUCCUGGACAGUACAUGUCACAGGAUGCGAAGGGAAGAGCAAUCAUGUUAUCAGCAAUCGAAAAAAAUAAGCUUGUAUAUGUCUUCAACCGUGACUCUCUGGAUAAUUUGACAAUCUCAUCACCUUUGGAGGCCAAUAGAAAUCGUAUUUUGACGUUUGCGUCUUGUGGAUUGGAUGUUGGUUACGAGAAUCCUGUAUUUGCUUCAAUUGAAAUUGAUUAUGGUCAAUUCGAAUUCAAUGGAAUUGAUCCUGAUUCUCCUCCAAAGAAAACAUUGACAUUUUACGAACUUGAUUUGGGUUUGAAUCAUGUCGUCAAGAAACAAUCCCAACAAAUCCCACAUACUUCAAACUUUCUAUUGAGUGUCCCUGGUGGUAAAAAUGGGCCUUCAGGUGUGAUAAUUGCGUGUCAGAAUUUUAUCCAGUAUAAAUCCCCAUAUACUCAAAAAGCUUUCAUAGUUCCUAUUCCUGCACGUACUACCCAAACAAAUCGCGAUUUCAGCUCUAAUUACAUCAUAUGUGGGACCGUUCAUACCAUGAAGGAUAAGUUCUUCAUCCUUUUACAGUCCAACUUCGGUGACAUCUUUAAAGUCACAAUAAACUAUGAUUCCAAUAUGGUUGUUGAGUCCAUGCAGAUAAAAUAUUUCGAUACCAUUUCAAUAUGUAAUAGUAUGCUCAUCUUAAAGUCAGGGUUCUUAUUCGCUGAUGCUCAGCACGGCAAUAAAUCGUUGUACCAGUUUGUUAAGCUUGGUGAUGAUGACAACGAAAGAAUUUAUGACUCUGCGGAUUAUUUCAAUACUUCGGAAGAAGUCGAAGACGUGGUAUUCACUCCAAAAGAUCUGGAGAAUCUUGAAGUCACGGAUAUAAUUGAACUGUUGAAUCCAAUUUUGGACUCUAAAUUAAUCAAAUUAUCAGAGCAAACAUCGAGAAUUUCCACCGUUUGUGGAACGAGUAAUAAUUCUGCUUUGAAAGUAUUAACACACGGAUUGAAUGUCGAAGAGGUGGUAACCUCUGAGUUGGGAAAUACUGCAACUGGGGUUUUCACGACAAAAAUGACGUCCAAUGAUGAUGUUGAUAAAUAUUUGGUGAUCUCAUUUGCAAGUCAUAGCUUGGUUUUAUCAAUAGGUGAAUCUGUGGAGGAAGUGACUGAUUCUGGGUUUGAUGUUGAGACUGCUACCAUCGGGGUUCAACAGAUGGGUAUCAAAUCAUUGAUGCAAAUUCACAGCAAUGGGAUUAUUCAUUUGAAAAAUAAUGAAGAAGAAGGUACACAGAAAGUUAAUGAAUGGUUUCCGCCAGCAGGGAUCAAAAUCAUAAGCUGCACUAGUACAAAUUAUCAAUUGGCUGUGGGAUUAUCAAACAGGGAAUUGGUUUAUUUCGAACUUAGUGAUGAAGAACAACUAAUCGAGUAUCAGGAAAGAAAGGAAAUGCCGGGCCAAAUUUUAUCACUAUCACUUGGUGAUAUCCCAGAAGGCAAAUUGAGAAGCAACUUUUUAGCCGUGAGUUGUAACAACCAGACUUUGAGAGUGCUAUCUGUGGAUCCAAAAAAUGUACUUGGCUUGGUGACUGUUCAGUCUUUGAGUAGUAAUGCAAGUUCUGUGUUAUUACUAUUAAUGGCUGAGUCGAUUGAGGAAGAGUAUAAAUCUUAUCAGUUAUACAUGCAUCUCGGGCUAGAAAAUGGGAUUUAUGUUAAAACUUUGAUCAAUUCCAGUAAUGGUAAAAUUAGUGAUAGAAUAGUUCAAUAUUUGGGGCCUUAUCCUAUCAGAUUAUCAAAGAUUAAAACCAAUUUUGGAGAGAGUUCUGUUUUGAUUUGUUCCAAAGAGUCAACGCGCAUAGGAUUCAUAUCUAAAACUACUGGCUUUAAACUGUUGCCAAUAGCAUAUGAUUCCAGCCUUAGUUACGGUGCAAGCUUUCAAUCUGAAGAAUAUCCAAAUGGGUUGGUAGGUGUUCAUGAUGAUCAAUUAUAUAUCCUUCUGUUGGAAGAUUUUACAAAAGAAUUUAAGAUUGACGUAUUACCAUUGAGAUUCACACCGAAGAAGUUCAUUUACUAUAAAAAUUUAGACGGUAAUUCCGCAUACUAUAUUGCAGAGACUGAUGGGAACACUGUUUUGUCAGCAGAACAAAAUAAUGAACAAAUGAUUUAUCCUAGAGAAACUGGUUCCUGGGCAUCUUGUCUUCAAGUCAUCAACUCUAUGGACGGCGAGCUUAUUCAUAAUAUUGAUUUUGAAAAUAAUGAAACAUUAUUCAAUCUAGCUAGUGUCACUUUCAAAACGACAGGCCUAACAUAUUUGGUCAUUUCAACAGCAGUGGACUUUUCAUUCACUACCAAAUCUCUGAGCCCGAGAUUUUAUCUCAAAUGUUACAAGAUUCUUCAGGAUUUGAAAUUGGAGCUCAUGCAUCAAACUAAGGUUGAAAAGCCUGUCGCUUCUGUAGUUGAUUUUGCUGGGAAAUUGCUUGUUGGUAUGGGUAAUACUUUAAGACUAUAUGACAUGGGUCAAAAGCAAUUACUUAGAAAAGCUGAAAUCACCUUGAAUAAUCUAAAUAAUAUAAUCAGCUUGAAAACACAAGGAUUUAGAAUUUACGUUGGAGAUAUCAAAGAGUCUAUUACGUUUGUGGUAUAUAAACCUAAACAGAAUAUUUUUAUUCCGUUUGUGGAUGACUUCGUGUCUAGGCAUGUCACGUCGUUCACUACUCUUGAUUAUGAUACAGUCAUUGGUGGUGAUAAAUUCGGAAAUGUAUGGGCUCUUAGAUGUCCUGAAGAGUCCUCAACUUUGGCCGAUGAAGAGUCCGCUGGCGUUUUUGUGUCUACACAAGAUUCCUACUUAAAUGGCUCUCCAAAAAGGUUGAAUCAACUUUGUCAUUAUUAUAUAAAUGAUAUCCCAACAUCUUUUAUGAAAAAUCAUGAUGCUAGUGGGUUGAACGAAUCGGUUAUUUACACAGGCUUGCAAGGUACCAUAGGGCUUUUGGUUCCACUUCUUACGCAAUCAGAGAUCAGAUUUUUUCAAGAAUUACAGAAGCAACUUACGGAACAGCCAGAGUUGAUGCUCGUUGGGAGAGAUCAUUUGAUGUACCGAAGCUACUAUGCCCCAGUAAAAGGGAUUAUUGAUGGGGAUUUAUGUGAAAAGUUCGGAUCUUUGAAGCAGUCUCAGAAGAACCAAAUUGCAAUCAAUAUGAAUCAAUCUGCCAAAGAAAUUGAAAAGAAGAUAGUAGACAUGAGACUCAAAUUUUCCAUAUAG